GAGCCACAAACACACGCAGGCACGCCGCCUUCUGGAGGCCGGUUGGAGUUCAGAGCUUCCAGACACAGAAACCUCCAACUCCAACCCCCCCUGCAUCGCAUCCAAUCCAUUCCAACCCUCCGGCCUCCCCGCGAAUUCUUCCCUCCCCUCCCGCCGCGCCAAUCCAACCGCCCCGCAAAACCCUAGGCCGAUGCGGCCGAUCCGGCUGCCCGAGCCGCCGGGCGUCGACGGCAUGAAGACGCCCGAGAUCUUCUCCGGCGGCUUCGGCGGCGCCGCCACCGUCGUCCGCCGCGCCGUCCUCAUCGGCAACGGCUCCCCCGGCGCCGAGAACCAGUGCCUCGGCCUCGCCCGCGCCCUCGGCCUCGCCGACAACCUCACCCUCUACCGUGUCACGAGGCCGAGGGGAGGGAUCAACGAGUGGCUGCACUUUCUCCCCAUUUCCCUGCACAAGUUUGUAGACCAAGUGCUCAGGCAGUUCUUCCGCAACACGAGGUUCGCGAUAGUGGUUCAGGGGAGGAAGCCCUAUCGUGUCCCGAAUGCCGGUUCAGUUGGCUUGUCCACUGUUCUGGAAGCUGACGUCAAGAAGAUUGUGACCGUGGCUCGUGAUACAUAUGAGAAGGAAGGUCCAACAUUAGUUGUUGCAUGUGGCUGGGACACCAUAUCAUAUUCAAGCUUGAUAAAGAAAGUAGCUUCAGAUAAUGUGUUUGUCAUUCAGAUCCAGCACCCCAGAUCUCGCCUUGAUAGGUUCGAUUUGGUGGUGACUCCUCGCCAUGAUUACUAUGUUUUAACUGCUAGUGGACAACAACAAGUUCCACGUCUAUUCCGGAGAUGGAUUACUCCGCAGGAACCACCCGGGAGCAAUGUGGUGCUUACUGUUGGUGCACUACACCAAGCUGAUUCUGCUGCGCUACGGCUUGCUGCUAUAGCCUGGCAUAAUGAACUUGCCCCUUUGCCUAAGCCUUUGCUUGUUGUCAACAUCGGUGGACCCACAAGGAAUUGCAAAUAUGGUGUAGACCUUGCCAAACAGCUCAUAAGUUCUCUGUAUAAUGUGCUAGACAGCUGUGGGAGUGUCAGAAUUUCAUUCUCUAGGAGAACACCGUGGAAGGUCACUGAUAUUGUAUGUAAAGAAUUUGCUGGACAUCCGAAGGUGUAUAUUUGGGAUGGUGAAGGUAUACCCAGAAGACUAGCACUAAGCUGUUCAGCGUUUAUACUUUUUGCUCAAAUUGUUAAACUUGUGACUCUCUCUCACUCUCUUUGUGCAGAACCUAACCCUCACAUGGGACAUCUUGCAUGGGCUGAUGCUUUUGUUAUAACAGCAGACUCGAUAAGUAUGUUAAGUGAGGCAUGCAGCACAGGGAAACCUGUUUAUGUUAUUGGGGCCGAGCAUUGUAAAUGGAAGUUUUCAGCAUUUCACAAGACUCUGCGGGAGCGAGGGGUUGUCCGCCCAUUCACUGGAUUGGAAGAUAUUUCAAAUAGCUGGAGCUACGCUCCCCUAAAUGAUGCCAUUGAAGUAGCUACUCGUGUGCGUGAAGUGAUUGCAGAACGAGGGUGGACAGUGUGAUGAUAGUGAUCACAAGUAGCACUGUAUUAUUCUGUCAACUUCUCUUCAGCCUCUGGAUAUAGGGACCCUGGAUAUAUAUAGGGUAAAUUAUACAGUUUGGUUAACAUCACAUGGAUUCGCUUUAUGUCGUGGAGGAAGAAUAAUAUAGCCAGGGAAUGGCCUGUACAAAAGCUGACCUCUUUUGGUGGUAUACCCCAAUUUUUGGAAGAGUGCACAGCUUCCGGGAGAUGUUUUUGGUUUGGCAACUGGCAACUGUUGCCUCAUGUAAAUCUGACGAUGCUGGAAAGAAUUGAAGUAGAGUUGGGAAUGUGAAAACUUGAACUUGCCGCAGCGUGUUUGAUUCUUA